CAUAUACAAAAAUUUGGUACUCUGGUACAAGAAAUCAAAAUUUUGCAUCUUUAAUAAUUAGAUUUAUUUGUCUAUUAUAAAUAAAAUUUUAUAAUAAUCAAUCUUUAGAAAAUGAUGCCAAAAUUUUCUGUCAGAGAGUGGGCUGAACUUAUUUCGGAACCUAUUUCCAUGGAAGAACAGGACCAACGAGUCAUCGAGCAUGCCCACUUGCCUGCAGUAAAUGAUAAAUUAUCGAUAACAUUACGACUGAAAAUUCAUAAACAUUAUCCUGAUUGGACUGCAAUUUUUUAUAAAGGUGCAGAUUCAUCAGCCCGUACUCCUAGCCUUUGGUUGACAAAAAAUAAAUCUACAUUAUUUCCUCGAUUCACAGGCAACUGGGAUCAUAACGUUGGAAUUAACUCGCUUGGUAAUGGAUUCUCAUUAAACAAAUGGUACCAUAUAGCUUAUACACUUUCUGAUCCUGAAAAAAGAUUAGAUAUCUAUGUAGAUGGUGAAUGGAUCAGAUUCUAUGGUAUCAUGAGCGUUAAAGACCAAAAAGUUGUUUUUAAUGAUGGGCCAUUGCUUAUUGGACGUGCCUACAAUUAUCAUGGGUUUAGUGGUGAAAUUAGAAAUGUUCGUUAUUUUAACUGGCGCUUAUCUGUUGAAGAAGUGAUGGAAGAUUUUUUUAAUGAAUCACAAAAGAAGCCAAUUGUAUAUGGAUCGAAAAUCGCUCUUAUACAUGUAUCUACUGAAAAAUAUUUAUCUACUAAGAGAAUUAAAUAUGAUUUGGGUUCACAAAACAAACAAUAUAUGGUUAUUUGUAAUGGUCAAGAAAUAGAUCUGAAAAAUGAUGUUUGGAUUGUAAUUGGAGCCAAUGAUAAAGGUAUUAAUGAAGGAGAUCUUGUAUCUCUUAAUAAUAUUAUUGGAUUUAAACAUCAAGCAACAGGAUGUUACUUACAUUCUCAUGAUACUAAUAAUCAUGAGAGAGUCACACCAAUAUCAAAACAACAACAAGUGACUAUGUGUUCAGAUAGAAGUUUUGAUGAUGAUUGGCUUAUUAGACGUUAUAAUUUAACCACUUCAUAUGAUACUGGUCAUUUAAUGAGUGGUGAUAUCAUCGAUCUUUUCCAUAUCAAUACUAAUAAGUCAGCGCUUUAUAGCCAUGCCGUUUUAUUAGGUGAUGAAUCUCAAGAAGUUUCUUGCUACGGAGACGGUAGUGAAAAAAAUAACAAGUUACAAAUAUUAUUUAAUUCCAAAUGAAAUUGUUUUCUAGUUUUAAAUUUUUUUUUUGCUUACUUAUCUGUUAUUAAUGAUUUUAUGGAUUUUAGUGGCGUAUUGAAUUAAUUAACUGA